UUAGCUGGUAUAAACAACAUGCACCAAAACAUGUCGCUAACAUCUUUCAGGUUAGUGUUUGUCGACCAUAUUCAGCCCGGAAUGUACAACAUGAAUUACCGUAUCUUGCCCAAUAUGUCGACACACGGGGUGCAGUACGACUUCGACUCCAUUCUGCACUAUUCCCCUUUCGAAUUCGCCAUCAGCCGGAAACGGCCAGCAAUGUUGCCGCGAUUCGGGAAAGACAAGAUGAUUGGUCAGCGCAGACGGCUGAGUAGCCAGGAUGAGACCAAAAUCAAGAAAGCGUACGGCUGCAUCGAUGAAAACUUUGAGAAAGUGCCGCAGACGCCUGCAGUGUGCAGGGACAGUGCAGGAAACGAAGCCAGUUCGUUUAGGAUUACUGCUACUUCGGAUCGCAGUACUACGACAAUGAAGAGUAGCACGAGAAAACGUACUACAACCACAGAAUCGCCUCCAAACUUAGGUUAUGCGCCAGCCAGUUUACAAAGCAGCGGAAACAUUUUUAACGGACCGGUUCGCGGUGUUGAUGUGUCAUGCACAGUCUUGUGUACCACCUGGUGGCUGUGUACUAUCGCCAACAUUGAAAACCCACGGACAUGCGGAGGUCAGCCACCUCGUUGCAACUGCAAUGAAUUUGCUUUCGGCUGAAACACCUUGCCUUGGGAGGAGAAUGCGCGUACGGAGCAAACCGAUUUUAUGCCUUAUGGUGCCAUUAAGAAGCAACAAAAACGGAAUUACGUACACUCAUUCGCUUGGGGAAUCCGUAAACGUAAGCGUAAAUACAUAGACGUGGGAAACAGUAGAUUUUCUUUCUCGGUUUUAUUUGAUUACAUGUAGAGGGUGUUCGUUAAUUGUUGUGAGUUACGAUUGCGUAUGUUUUGCAAACUGAUUGUAUGUAGAAGUUUCUUUUACAGUUUUAUCGUAAUACGCAAUACGGUAGUGCUUUGCUGUGUGAGUAAGGACGCUAAACAGUUAAAUUUAAGAUUUCACAGUCUUAAUAGUAAGUACUACAGAUCUGUACAAAUCAUGGAUUAAAUUCAGUACUUGCGACUAUGGACACGCGUACCAGCA